AUGACAGACCGAUAUUUUCCCAAUCAAAUGCCGGAUUUUGUUGAAGAAGAUCCCACAUUGCAACAAGAAUGUCAACAAGCUGAUAAGAUUCCGGAACCUGGAACAGAGGAAGCCCUGCUAAGGCUCCUUGCAACACCUUAUGCGGCAAUCCAUGAGAGUCUCAAGAGGGCAGCUUUGGACCUCAAGGAAACUAUUGUUGUGGAAACUUGGGGACUAACUGGGCAAAAAGUCCACGAUUUUACUCUCUAUUCCGGUGUUCUUGGGACUGCCUUUCUGCUCUUUAAGUCGUAUCAAGUUACCCAUAAUGCAAAUGACCUCAGCCUUUGCUCUCAUAUUGUUAAGGCCUGUGAUUUUGCCUCUUUUUAUUCCAGGGAUGUGACAUUUAUAUGUGGAAGAGCUGGUGUAUGUGCCCUUGGUGCAGCGGUAGCAAAGAACAUGGGUGAUGAUCAGAUGGUAUAUUACUAUUUGAGCAAAUUAAAGGAGAUCAGGCUUUCUAGUGACCUUCCUGAUGAACUACUGUAUGGUAGAUGUGGUUACUUGUGGGCGUGUCAGUUCAUAAACAGACAUUUGGGCAAAGAGACUAUCUCGUUGGUCGAAAUGGGCUCUGUUAUCAAAGAAAUUAUUGGUAAUGGGAGGAAUAUGGGAGGCAGGGGCCGUAGCCCAUUGAUGUCUGAGUGGUAUGGCGAGAGAUACUGGGGUGCGGCUCAUGGACUAGCUGGAAUCAUGCAUGUUUUGAUGGACUUUGAGCUAAAGCCUGAUGAGUGUGAAGAUGUCAAGGAAACUCUUAAGUACAUGAUAAAGAAUCGGUUCCAAAGUGGUAACUACCCUGUGAGUGAAGAAGAUAGACAAAGAGAUGUUCUUGUGCAUUGGUGUCAUGGCGCCCCUGGAAUUGCACUAACACUUGUCAAAGCUGCCGAGGUGUUUGGGGAUAAAGUAUUUCUGCAAGCAGCGAUAGAUGCAGCAGAUGUUGUUUGGAAUCGGGGCCUUCUCAAGAGAGUUGGAAUUUGUCAUGGUAUCAGUGGCAAUUCUUACGUCUUCCUUGCAUUAUAUCGACUCACUGGAGAAGUGCGAUUUCUCUACCGAGCAAAGGCUUUUAGUUGUUUUUUGUUGGAUCGAUCCCACAAGCUUAUAUCUGAAGGGGAAAUGCAUGGAGGAGAUAGCAGAUACUCACUCUUUGAAGGAAUUGGUGGUAUGGCUUAUCUUUUCUUGGACAUGGUUCACCCCACUGAUGCAAAAUUUCCGGCUUAUGAACUAUGA